AUGGAUGCAUUGGUGUUGGGCUGCUGCUUGUGCUUUGUGCAUGGACUAAUAAACCCUACUGAGGGUUUAACUUCAGGAAGGGUUCUCCGCAAGGGAAAAGUUCCCCCACAUAUUGUUUUUGUGAUGGUAGAUGACCAAGGCUACAAUGACAUCGGGUACCAUGGCUCAGAGAUUCACACGCCAGUGUUGGACCAGCUUGCUGGUGAGGGGGUGAGGCUGGAAAACUACUACGUUCAGCCCAUCUGUUCUCCCUCACGUAGCCAGCUUAUGACUGGACGUUAUCAGAUUCAUACUGGGCUUCAACACUCGAUCAUCCGUGCACGUCAGCCCCUCUGCUUGCCGCUCGACGUAACUACACUCCCUGAGCGGCUAUGGCAGGCUGGCUACAGCACCCACAUGGUCGGAAAGUGGCAUUUGGGCUUCUGUCGACCUGAGUGUUUGCCAACCAGUCGUGGAUUUCAAAGCUUCCUCGGCUCACUGACGGGCAGCGGUGACCAUUUUACCUUCCAGAGCUGUGAUGGCGCAGAGGCUUGUGGAUUCGACUUGCAUGAUGGAGACCGGCCUGCCUGGGAGCUGAAAGGGAAUUACUCGACGAGACUUUACACAGAGAGAGUGAAGCAAAUACUGAGAAGUCACAAUCGGCGGAAGCCCCUGUUUCUAUAUGUUGCCCUCCAAGCUGUGCACACACCUUUACAGGCUCCUGCCCAUUUUCUCAGACUCUACCAGCACCUUGGCAAUAGACCCCGACGCCACUACGCCGCUAUGAUGAGUGCCGUGGACGAGUCUGUAGGGGAGAUUGUCAGCGAGCUACGGGAGCAAGGCUACUACGACAACACGGUGCUCAUCUACUCCUCAGACAACGGGGGUCAACCUCUCUCUGGGGGCUGUAAUUGGCCCCUGCGUGGAGGCAAAGGCUCCUACUGGGAAGGUGGAGUUAGAGCGGUCGGAUUCGUACACAGCCCGCUUUUGAAAAAGAAAGGAAGGGUGAGUCGGGCUCUGAUUCACAUCUCAGAUUGGUACCCAACCCUUCUGUCUCUUGCGGGUCUCCAAGUGCCUGAUUCCAGCCGUCUAGAUGGCCACGAUGUCUGGGGGUCCCUAACCAGUGACCUGCCCAGUCCACGAACUGAAAUCCUUUUUAACAUCGACCCGGUUUCACGCAGGCAUGGUGAACCCCACCCCGUGUUGCUAACUCUCAACGGCUUCGGGAUCUGGGAUACAGGAGUGCGGGCAGCCAUUCGAGUCGGGGACUGGAAGCUUUUGACAGGGAGUGUGGGCGACGGGGACUGGUUCCCCCCGCAGACGUUGCCAGGAGGUCCCCAGCAGUGGCAGGGCAUGGAAAAGAGACGAGACCAGCAAGGAAAGUCUGUCUGGCUUUUCAACGUCACCGCUGAUCCUUACGAGAGGGCAGAUUUGGCUGAGGGGCGGCCUGAAGUGGUCAAGAUGCUGUUGACCCGUCUCGCUGAGUACAAUCGGACAGCUGUGCCUCCACGCAACCCACCCGACGACCCGAUGGCAGACCCGCAGCUUCACGGAGGGGUGUGGACUCCUUGGCUUGGUGAGGAAGAUCAAGGAGAUGAUGGGGAGGAUUCAGAUAGUGGCAGCAGAAAAGGCAGAUAUAAAAGAACCUGUAGAGUCUGUAAACUCAGAGCUCUGUUCAGAAAGGUUCGUACUCGUAUGCAAAGGGCGGCUUUAUUCUUGUAGUUGUAAACAGGUACACAAUUUCGUUUUCUUGUAUUUCAGUGAACAGAAAGUGAAUUCUUGCAUUUUGUAUUCCAGUGAAUACAGAAUGGGCACUGAUGUUGCCAUGAACUACCAGCAGUAGUUCACAAUUUUGA